AUGCCCUUGGUCGCCGCCUUAUCGCGUGGCACUCUCUGGGCGGGUGCCGUUGGUGGGUGUGGCAGCACUUGCAGGCUGCAUCUUAGGUUCUCUCUCGUAGAGAAAAUAUUCCGCGAUCCCCAGUAUCCGUACGCGAUUUCGACCACGGCCGUGCUUCUUUACCCGUCGGCGUCAAGUUUAUGCCACGGCCCCCUUUGCGAGCCAUGCUCCCUCCUCGCUGGUGUACGGAGUAGCUGCUUUUCCUUUUACCCCUCAUCUCUCGCCCUGGUAUCCCUUCCCUUCUCUUUCUGCUCGCUCACCCGCCAAAUUCCAAGUGACAAUGUCAUGAAUGCCCGAACCCGGAAGUGCGGACAAAAUUCAUGCGGAGGGCAAGCCAACCUGGUCAUGGAAAGCCCGGGAAUCCACAACUGUGAGCAACGAACACUGAGCAGUGUGGGAACUGCAGUAGCUGGACUUAAGGGAGAGGAGCCGGUAGCCGUAAGGUUUAAUUAA